AUGUCGUUUAAAUCUAGUAAAAUAUAAGAUAGAGUUAUAUCAAGUAAGAAUGAUUAAACAAUAAUUUGUUUGAAAUAAAUUUUAUAAAAUGAAUGGAAGCAUCAUAACAGGAUGUAAAACAAAAAGAAUGGAUAUGAACUUUGA